AUGGAAGAGGACGCAAGUGAUAUUUUGACCGCUGCUCUGCUUGAUUCUGGUGUACAAGAAGCAGCAAUCAAUCUUUUUGAGAGAAAUUCAUCUUUAAACGACACAUUGAAGCAUCCACGGCCUACGUCUGCAAUAUCAUCUACAACUACAACAGUAUCAGAUAGUAUUAACGAAACAGCAGUAUUUGAAGAUGAUGAUGACCCAUUUUCAACAGCAUUAAAAGAAUUAGAUGAAACGAAUCGACGUGCAAACGAAAUUAUUCGAAAGCAAGAAACACAGCCGUCAUUUCAACAAACCAUAUAUUCGCCGCUAUCACAAUUUUUUCAUAAACCGAAAGUUUCAUCGGCAUCAGCGUUGUCUAAUCGCCCUAUUAUUUUGCAUGGUUUACAUUCUCCACUACUGAACAAAACACCAACGAUCAUUCGUUUAGCUGGAAAUACAAUAAAUCCAUCACCACUACUAUCUAGUCAAACUCCAUUACCCUGUUCUUUGACUGUACCUUCAAUCAAUGUUCCCAGUUUGUCUUCACAACCAUUACUUUUAAACAGCGAUCUAAUUAAUCGUCAAGUAGGACAAGUAGUCAAAUUUAUUCCUGCUGUGAGAAAAUUUGAUGUAAGAGAUACAAGACAGCCUCUGUUAGAGCAAGAUGAAGAAGCAGCUGGAGAAGAUGAGGAAGAAAUGGCACACGCUGAAACCUACUCAGAUUAUAUGCCAGCCAAAUUACGUAUUGGAAAAAAGCAUCCUGAUCCCGUUGUCGAAACCAGUUCAUUAUCAUCAGUUGAACUGCCAAAUAUUUACUAUGAAUUGCAUAUACCACAAACCACAAUUGAAUCAAGUGCAUUGUCCGCAUUACAGUUAGAAACAAUUGUUUACGCAUGUCAACGUCAUAACACACUUUUAACGGAUGGAACGCGAGCUGGCGACGGUGCUGGUGUUGGUAAAGGUCGCACGAUAGCUGGAAUUAUUUAUGAAAAUUAUAUUCUCGGUAGAAAGAAGUCAUUAUGGUUAAGUGUUUCUAAUGAUUUGAAAUAUGAUGCACAACGUGAUCUGAGUGAUAUAGGGGCGCAAAAAAUUUCGGUUCAUCCGUUAAAUAAAUUCAAAUACGAUAAAUUAUCAUCACCACAAAAUGGUAGCGUCAAACGAGGAAUUAUAUUUGCAACAUAUUCAUCAUUAAUUGGUGAAAGCCAAAAUAUGAAUACAAAGCUAAAAUAUAAUAGUCGUAUGAAACAAUUAUUACACUGGUUAGGUGAAGAUUUUGAUGGAGUGAUUGUUUUUGAUGAAUGUCACAAAGCUAAAAAUCUUGUUCCAACAACGCAUGCAAAAUCAUCAAAAACAGGUUUAGCUGUACUGGACUUACAAGCAAGACUUCCCAAAGCACGAGUUAUUUAUGCCUCAGCAACAGGUGCUUCUGAACCGAGAAACAUGGCCUACAUGACUCGGCUUGGCCUUUGGGGAAAAGGAACAUCAUUCACCGACUUUAGUCAAUUUAUACAAGCAAUUGAAAGGCGGGGUGUUGGCGCCAUGGAAUUAAUUGCCAUGGAUAUGAAGCUUCGUGGCAUGUAUAUUGCUCGACAACUGAGUUUUUCUGGUGUUAACUUUUCUAUUUUGGAAGUUCCCUUAGAACAUGAAUAUGUGAAAACUUAUGAUGAAUCUGUUAAACUUUGGAUUGAUAUCAAAGAAAAAUUACAUCAAGCUCUUGAAUUAUCUGAUACACAAAAUAUCUCACGAAAGCAUAUAUGGGCGCAUUUUUGGCUUAGUCAUCAGCGUUUUUUCAAAUAUCUUUGCAUGGCAUGCAAAGUUCAAAAGGUAGUUGAUUUAACAAAACAAGCAACUAAUAAUAAUAAAUGUGUUGUUAUUGGACUUCAAUCUACAGGUGAAGCAAAAACUCUAGAACAGUUAGAUGAAUUUGGAGAAUUAAAUGAUUUUGUUUCCACUGCAAAAGGAGUUAUACAAAGUUUUGUUGAUAAACAUUUUCCAACGGGUAUUGAGCAAGCAAAAACAAUGUCAAUCUUUGAUUUACUUGGUGAUGAUUGGCUCAAAAAUGAUCAACAACCAUCUCAAUUAAAAACAAAAAUGAAUACGAAAAGGAAAAGAAAUAUAAAAGAAACAUCCACCACAGUCAGUAGUAGUUCAGAUAAUGAUUCUGAUGAUGAGCCAUUUAGCUCGAUCGGUCAGACGUUAAAACGUAAACCAAAAUUGGAUAAUAAUAAUAACGUAAACCAAAGUAUACUGAAACAAAAGUUUAUUUCGAAUAAUGAGAUGAAUUUGGACAAUGAUGAGGAUGAUGAGGAUGAUGAUGAUGAUGAUGAUGAUUUAAAUGAAGAAAAUAUUACUGACAAUGUAUUACCCGUGAAACGAAUUAAAACAGAUGAACCGAAAAAUGAAGAAAUUUACAAUAAAUGGAAUAUGUCGACUAGUGAAAUAGUUGAUGCAUUAUUUCGUAUGAAAUCUGAUUUGCUUAACAAAAUCGACGCUCUCGGUCGAAGACUUCCAGCGAAUACACUUGAUGAACUCAUUGAUCAACUAGGUGGACCACAUUGUGUAGCUGAAAUGACUGGUCGAAAAGGUCGUAUUAUCCAGAACAACGAUGGGCGUGUAUCGUACGAAACUCGUAGCGAAUCCGAUGUACCGUUAGAACUAUUGAAUGUUGUUGAACGUGAAAGAUUUAUGCGUGGCGAAAAAUUAAUAGCUAUCAUAUCAGAAGCAGCCAGUAGUGGUAUAUCUUUGCAGGCUGAUAGACGUUGUCAAAAUCAGCGACGUCGUGUACAUGUAACACUGGAAUUAUCCUGGUCAGCUGACCGUGCUGUUCAACAAUUUGAAUUAGCUGGCGAAAAACGAUUUGCUUCAACCGUAGCUAAACGUCUUGAAUGUUUGGGUGCUUUGACACAUGGUGAUCGUCGUGCGACCGAAACACGUGAUUUAAGUCGAUUUAAUAUUGAUAAUAAAUAUGGAAAACAAGCAUUAGAAAAUGUUAUUCGAUCAAUAUGUGGAAUAGAAAAACCAUUAGCACCAUUUCCCGUAAAUGAUACAAAAAACUUUGAUUUUGUUGAAGAAGCGAAAAAGGCAUUAGCAAAUGUAGGCUUGAUUACUCAAAUAAACGAACUUCAUUCAAUUUAUCUACCGGAAAAAGACUAUAACAUCAUUAGUCGAUUCUUAAAUCGUAUACUUGGUAUUCGUGUUGAUAUGCAAAAUUAUAUAUUUCAUUUUUUUUCUGACGUCUUAAAUGCUUUGGUCACUGAAGCUCGAAGAAAUGGAACGUGGGAUUUGGAUCUUGGUGCUGGCGAGGAAACGGUUUCUAUUGAUAAAACAGAUGUGUUUGUCAUGGAAUCAAAACAAGGAGAAUCAUGUGUACAAGUUGAAUUGUUUGAAAGUCGUUUGAAUCGUCGAAUACCGAUAUUAGCUGUUGCUCUAACGAAUAAUAAUAUGAUAAAAAAAUGUGAAGAAUUAUAUCGUAUUUAUCGUCCAAAUACCGGUUUACAAAACCGUCAUGAAACACUUGAAAGUUUGAGAAAAAAAUACAAAAAGGUUUUACCACGUGAUGCUCAAUCACACUGGGAUGAACAAUAUGGAAAAGCAGCAACAAUGUGUACACAUAUGUUUCGCCAAGGAUCAUGUCCAAUAUCAACUACAUCAUCAUCUUAUUGUGAAGUUGGCCUUCGAUCUCGACGUUUUCAUGUUUUGUCUGGUAGUGUAUUAACAGUAUGGAAUUGUCUUGAACAUGUUUUAGGUGAAGGUAGAAUGCAAAUGAUUCGAAUUAAAACCAGUAUGCCAUUAGCACCACAAAAAAUUGUCGGUUGUAUUAUACCGAAACAUUUUGUUCACGAUCUCAUACGUUUAUUAGAAAAAUGUUCAAUACAAACAUAUGUAAAAAAAUAG